GCGGGGCAGGCUGGCGAUGGUUGCCCGGGAGCGCAUCUGUCUUGGUGCUUGGGGUCGGAGGGUCGCUAUUCCCGGUCCGCACUGCCAGGGGCUGGGCCGGGUACGGGAGCCGCAGCGCCUCGCUGGCAUCUUCCAGGCUGCCUUCUGAGGCCUUGAGCCUGGCCCCAUCUGGCGCUCCGCCGCGGCCCCUCGAGACUCUAGCGCCCCGAUACCCGCCCCGCGGGCUGCCUGGAGGGUCCAAGCCCCAUUGUCCCUGUCCCCACCGCGGCCACAGGCCCCUUGAUCCCUAGCCCUCCCACUCCCCUUCCCAAGCAGGGCCACCAACGCCUCCAGCAGCCGCUCUUCCCCUGUCUGGUCCGUGGUGGUGGUUGGUUACCAUGGUGAAGCUGGCAGCCAAAUGCAUCCUGGCAGGAGACCCAACCGUGGGCAAGACCGCCCUGGCCCAGAUCUUCCGCAGCGACGGAGCCCAUUUCCAGAAGAACUACACCCUGACAACAGGGGUGGAUCUGGUGGUGAAGACGGUGCCAGUCCCUGACACAGGGGACAGUGUGGAACUCUUCAUUCUCGACUCGGCCGGCAAGGAGCUGUUUUCUGAAAUGCUGGAUAAAUUGUGGGAGAGUCCCAAUGUCCUGUGUCUCGUCUACGACGUGACCAACGAGCAGUCCUUCACCAACUGCAGCAAGUGGCUGGAGAAGGCUCGGUCGCAGAUUCCAGGCACCACCCUCCCAGGUGUGCUGGUGGGGAACAAGACAGACCUGGCCGGCAGGCGAGUGGUGGAGUCAGCCCAGGCCCGGGCAUGGGCACUGGGCCAAGGCCUGGAAUGUUUUGAAACAUCUGUGAAGGAGGUGGAAAAUUACAAAGCCCCGUUCCACUACCUGGCCAAGCAGUUUCACCACCUAUAUCGGGAGAAGCUGGAGCUUUUCCAGGCACUGGUGUGAGGGGCUGGCUGGACCGUUUCCCGUGAUGGAACCUAGCCGUGGGCUCCGGCUCCUGGGAAGAUGGGAGAAGAUGGAGUUGCCUGGGCACUUCCAAUCUAUCGUGACAGCUUUAAAUAAAAUGAGGAGAAAAAUGGA